CAUGAACUACCAGCAGCAGCUGGCCCACUCGGCGGCCAUCCGUGCCGAGAUCCAGCGCUUUGAGUCUGUGCAUCCCAACAUCUACUCCAUCUACGAGCUGCUGGAGCGGGUAGCGGAGCCCGUGCUGCAGUCCCAGAUCCGAGAGCACGUCAUCGCCAUCGAAGAUGCCUUUGUCAACAGCCAGGAGUGGACGCUCAGCCGCUCGGUCCCAGAGCUCAAAGUGGGCAUCGUGGGGAACCUGGUCAGCGGCAAGUCUGCCCUGGUGCACCGCUACCUGACCGGCUCGUAUGUGCAGGAGGAAUCCCCGGAAGACGUGGACGCAGGUGGCCGCUUCAAGAAGGAGAUCGUGGUGGACGGGCAGAGCUACCUGCUGCUGAUCCGGGAUGAGGGCGGCCCCCCCGAAGCCCAGUUCGCCAUGUGGGUGGACGCUGUCAUCUUCGUCUUCAGCCUGGAGGAUGAGAUCAGCUUCCAGACCGUCUACCACUACUACAGCCGCAUGGCCAGCUUGCGCAACACCUGCGAGCUGCCUCUGGUGCUGGUGGGCACCCAGGACGCCAUCAGCUGCAGCAACCCGCGUGUGAUUGAAGACGGCCGGGCCCGCAAGUUGAGCAGUGACCUGCGGCGCUGUGCUUACUAUGAGACCUGUGCCACCUACGGGCUCAAUGUGGAGCGGGUAUUCCAGGACGUCGCCCAGAAGAUCGUGGCCACGAGGAAGAAGCAGCAGCUGUCCAUUGGGCCCUGCAAGUCUCUGCCCAGCUCACCUAGUCACUCGUCCGUCUGCUCUGCCCAGGUGUCCAGCCUGCAUAUCAGCCAGACCAGCAAUGGUGGCGGCAGCCUGAGUGACUACUCCUCCUCCGUGCCGUCCACGCCCAGCACCAGCCAGAAGGAGCUGCGGAUAGACGUGCCCCCUGCGGCCAGCACCCCGACUCCCGUGCGCAAGCAGUCCAAGCGGCGUUCCAACCUCUUCACCUCUCGGAAAGGGAGUGACCCCGACAAGGAGAAGAAGGGGCUGGACAGCCGGGCAGACAGCAUCGGCAGCGGCCGGGCCAUCCCCAUCAAGCAGGGCGUGCUGCUGAAGCGGAGUGGGAAGUCCCUCAACAAGGAGUGGAAGAAGAAAUACGUGACUCUGUGUGACAACGGCGUGCUGACCUACCACCCCAGCCUCCACGACUACAUGCAGAACAUCCACGGCAAGGAGGUGGACCUGCUGAGGACCACAGUGAAGGUGCCCGGGAAGAGGCCACCCCGAGCCACGUCUGCCUGCGCCCCCAUCGCCAGCCCCAAGACCAACGGCUUGGCCAAGGACCUGAGCGGCCUACAUGUCUCCCCCAGUCCAGGGGAAGUGGCGGGCGCGUCCGGGGCCCCGCUGGCCAGCGGCAUCAGCCUGGUGUCCUUCAGCAGCAGAGCCGAGGGCUUGCAGCAGCGGUCAUACUCAGUGUCCAGUGCCGACCAGUGGAGCGAGCCCGCGGCCAUGGCGCCCUUGGCCAUCAGCAGCGACACGGGGAUCGGUGAGUCCGUGUGCUCCAGCCCCAGCCUAUCCGGAACCGCCAGCCCCAAGCUGGAGCCGCCCCCGUCCCCCCACGCCAACAGGAAGAAGCAUCGCAGGAAGAAGAGCACAGGCAACUUCAGGGCCGACGGCCUGGCGGGCACCGCAGAAGCCAAGCGCAGAGCCUGGAGGCUGAACCGUGUUGGUAGCCUGAGGAAUAUUUAUAGCAGUGGCACCAACACUGAAGAGCAAGAAGAGAACUUGGAGUUCAUCAUUGUGUCCCUGACUGGCCAGACGUGGCACUUCGAGGCCACCACAUAUGAGGAGCGGGACACCUGGGUGCAGGCCAUCGAGGGCCAGAUCCUGGCCAGCCUGCAGGCCUGUGAGAGCAGCAAAAGCAAGUCCCGGCUGACCAGCCAGAGUGAGGCCAUGGUCCUGCAGUCCAUCCGGAACAUCCGAGGGAAUUCCCACUGCGUGGACUGUGACACCCAGAACCCCACCUGGGCCAGCCUGAACCUGGGCGCCCUCAUGUGCAUCCAGUGCUCCGGCAUCCACCGCAACCUGGGCACGCACCUGUCCCGCGUGCGCUCGCUGGACCUGGACGAGUGGCCCCCGGAGCUGCUCCAGGUCAUGUCCGCCAUCGGCAACCAGCUGGCCAACAGCAUCUGGGAGCACGGUGCCCAGGGCCGCACCAAGCCGGCGCCAGACUCCAGCAGGGAGGAGAAGGAGUGCUGGAUCCGGGCCAAGUAUGAACAGAAGCUGUUCCUGGCACCACUGCCCUGUUCGGAGCUGUCCCCUGGCCAGCUGCUGCUCCAUGCCACAGCCGAGGACGACCUGCCCGCUGUCAUCCUGCUGCUGGCGCAUGGCUCCCGCCAGGACGUCAACACCACCUGCGGGGACGGGGAUGGUCGCACAGCACUGCACCUGGCCUGCCACCAGGGGCGCGUGGUCCUGGCCCAGCUGCUCAUCUGGUAUGGCGUGGACGUGGCGGCCCGGGAUGCGCUCGGGAACACGGCGCUGGCCUACGCGCGCCAGGCGCCCAGCCCGGAGUGUGUGGCGCUGCUCCUGCAGCAUGGCUGCCCCGACGACAUGGGGGUGCUCCCCGCCACCCCCGGCCUGGCCCGCAAGCACCCCAGACCCAGCGACGGGGGCGGCAGGCUCCCCACUGUCAUCUGAGGCGCCGGCCGGAGUCGGGGAGUCGGGGCGCGGGGGAGGACCGCCCCCCACCCGCCUGCGCAGGCCCCCCCGGGCGCCGACCGGCCGAGCGGGAGCAGCGGAGUCUGUCGGACCCGGGGCUGCGCGACGGCCUGUGUCAAAUCACUGGGCUAAUCUACCCGCGGAGAAUAGCGGCUUCAUUACGCUGGGCGUCCGUCCCGCUCCCCCGCGUUCCCGGCCUAAUGGAACAUGAUUAGUCAUCACGGAGAGAGGGAGAGGGAGAGGGAGAGAGAGGGAUGGAGGG